AUGGAUGUGGACCGGAUGGAUGUGGACCGGGUGGAGGUGGACCGGAUGGAUGUGGACCGGGUGGAGGUGGACCGGAUGGAGGUGGACCGGAUGGAUGUGGACCGGGUGGAGGUGGACCGGAUGGAUGUGGACCGGGUGGAGGUGGACCGGGUGGACCGGAUGGAUGUGGACCGGGUGGAGGUGGACCGGAUGGAGGUGGACCGGAUGGAGGGGGACCGGAUGGAGGUGGACCGGGUGGAGGUGGACCGGAUGGAGGUGGACCGGGUGGAGGUGGACCAGAUGGAGGUGGACCAGAUGGAUGUGGACCGAGUGGAUGUGGACCAGAUGUAUGUGGACCAGAUGGAUGUGGACCAGAUGGAUGUGGACCGAGUGGAUGUGAACCAGAUGGAUGUGGACCAGAUGGAUGUGGACCAGAUGGAUGUGGACCGGGUGGAUGUGGACCGGGUGGAGGUGGACCAGAUGGAUGUGGACCGGGUGGAGGUGGACCAGAUGGAUGUGGACCGGGUGGAGGUGGACCAGAUGGAGGUGGACCGGAUCGAUGUGGACCGGGUGGAUAUUAACCAGAUGGAUGUGGACCGGGUGGAUGUGGACCGGAUGGAUGUGGACCGGAUCGAUGUGGACCGGGUGGAUGUUGACCAGAUGGAUGUGAACCGGAUGGAUGUGGACCGGAUGGAUGUGGACCGGAUGGAUGUGGACCGGGUGGAUGUUGACCUGAUGGAUGUGUACCGGAUGGAUGUGGACCGAGUGGAUGUGGACCGGGAAGAGGUGGUGGAGGUGGUGGUGGGGCAGUUCGGGGUGGGGGUUGUUGCCGCCCCUCCUGACCCGCCCGGCCGCCACCCUGGUCCUGUUGAGUAA